AUGGCGAUGCCGAUGCCGCUGGCUGGCGGCGGGGCCAUGCAGGGCGCUCCGCCCCUGCCGGAGCUGCCGGUGCCCCUGCCGGACUGGCUCACGGGGAACCCGUACUUCACUGCCGGCUUCGGCUUGGGCGGCAUCGCCACCGUAAUGGGACUGCUGCGGCAGAGCUCCGCGGGCAUCCAGAGCGUCUGCCGGAGGCAGAUGCUGAUGACGUUGGAGAUCCCAUCUAAGGACUUCGCCUACCAGUGGGCCGAUGUCCAGCAGCACUCCAAUUGCUUGGACACGACAAGAGUGCGCUACCUGGCGGCGGUUAAGAAGCUCCACGCGAUAGUCAUUGUCGACGAAACAGGACCGCCAGUGGCAGCACGCAAACUUGUCUGGCCCAAGCUAAUCGAUGACCAGGACUUGGUGCUCGGCGGCAACACCCCUCCUGAUUGGAGGACCUCAGCAGCCAAUGCGAAGCUCGAGCAGGUGGAUUCCAAGGCGACGGGCAAGGGCACGCCGCGUCCUCAACAGCCAGCCUAA